GCGUUCCGUUCCCACGGCAACCCCAUUGUCUCCCGAGCCAGAACUCCAGCGGCAGGCGGGAAAGGUCGACUUCACGGUGUCUCGCUUCCGUGAGGCGUCCCUGCGGCGCCCUGAACGAGGUCCACCGACACCGGGACACUGAAGCCGCCCGAGGAAGCCGAGCUGCCAGGCUGAGGGAGCCGCGAAGGCUAGUUCCUGGCCGUGGCUCCUCUGACCUCGGCCAGGAAGAAGAUGCGGGCCAGCCCCAUCCGCAUCCCAGCUGUCAGCAACGACACUGACUGGAACUUCUGCUUCCAUCUGCCAAAGCAAACCAAGAUCCCAGCACAUCAGCGAACAGAUGGGUUGUGUCCCAUUAGUGGGUCUGGAGAGAGCGAAGAAGACACUAACGCCAAGGCGAAGAAGGCCAUAGACUGUAUGUCUCUUCCCAAAGAGCAACUGGCUCAAUCCCAGAAGAAAAUAGCUCAACUGAUUAAGGGAAAAAUGAAUACCCAAGCAAACAAGGAGCUGAUUCGCUGUGUCAUCCUGUCUCGGAUCAUUUUUGGGGAAGAACACUGGAAGUGUGCACAGGCUCUGGCCAGCCUGGCGUACGGCUACCUGACACUGAGAGGCCUCCCAGCUCAGGCCAAGAAACAUGCUGAUUCCGCCAAGAAUACACUGCUGACCUGGAAGGAAAACACGACCUCAGACAAGGAGAAAAAGGAAAUCGUGGAAGCUCUGGUCAUGCUCUACUACACGCUGGGGGUGGCCUGGCUCCUACAGAACCAUGGCAGGGAGGCUUAUUUCAAUCUGCAGAAGUCAGACAGAAACAUGAAGGAGCUGAAAGAAUCAUACAAGGGAGGCGUUUGUGGAUUACAGGUCUCAGAGAAAGACCUAAUGAUUGCCUUGGGCAGAGCCUCCUUGGUCAACCGCAGGCUAAACCUAGCCCUGGCGUACUUUGAAAAGGCCAUUGGCAAUGUUAUUGCUGCCAAGGGUGAUAGGACGUCAGAUUUGGUCAUUCUAUACGAGGAAAUGGCUCAGAUUGAGCAGCUGAGGAGGAACCAUGAGCAGGCCAUCCAGUACCUGCAGCAGGCUCAUUCUAUCUGUGUUUCUUUGUUCACUGAAGUCAGCCCCCAAGCUGCAGAGGCAAGCGCGUUACUGGCCAAGGCGUAUGCCAUGUCUGGAGAGGCUCAGCACAGGGAGUCUCAGAAAAACUCACCUGCAUAAAGAGUAGAGAUGGUACCCGCUGUGAAUGUGACCUGUGUUGUAUCAGUUGAUGAGGAAAUCCAGAGAUAAAAGAGGAAACAUGGGCUCCUCCCCCCUCAACCUCCUUGACUCUUCCUCUGGCUUAUGAGAGAGAAUGUUUGUAGCAGCUAGAAUUGUCUUGACCUGUAUUCAUAAGUGAGGUACUGGGGGUUCUAGAGGAAAGCCAGGUGAUGAACUCAUCCUUCAGCAGCAGUCCUUUCUCAGGCAGGGUCAUCCUUUCCAUAGCGGCUGCUUUAGGGGAGACACAGAGGAGCUGGUGACUGAUGCUCAGCUGGCUUGAUCCGAUUAAUGGACACUAAUGGAUUUAGUGGCUUAUUAGGAGGAAUUUAUGAAGAAUGUAAUUUAAAGCUUUUUAAAAUGUUGAUUUUCUCUGCUUAUAAAAGCAAUCCAUUUUGGUGGACAUUAUUUUCCAGUCAUACAUGAGAGAGAGAAAGAGAGGGGAGAUAUUACAGGGCAAGUUUUUAUCCUACUCUUUUCCACUCUUGUAUUUCCCCAUGUGAUUAAACAUUUUUUCAGUUUUCAGAA